ACACAUCCCACAAUGGAUGUGCAAAGACAACUGAGAGAAGCACCUUUCUUCUCAAUCCUCAACGACAACGACUCGCCUUCUUUCGCCAUUCGUUCCAGAAUCUCGCCUCCAGAUCCUGACAAGGCUUCAUCUGCAGCCCUCAAUCCGACCUCAGAGUCGACCUCUCCUUGCCCGCGCCCUGCUAAACAAGCACGUCCAGAUCUGAUCCGCCAGAACCAUUAUUCUCGAUCCUCGUCCCUCUCAUCCGCUGGGUCUCCUCCAUUGCUUCGCUUUUCUUCGAAUUCGAGCAUGGAUUCCUCACCAUCCCCCAUCACUCCGACGUAUAUGUACAAUGACAACAAUCUCCCCUCCUUUGACCCGUUGACGCGCCAAGACUUGGUCGGCUAUCUACCUUCUCCCACCACCAUCACACCGUUUCUUGAUCAACAGCUUAUGCUCGCUACUCCCAUGAUGCCAGAUCAUUUCUCGGCCAAACACUGCCCUCCCACUCUGCAUACCGCUCAAUAUCCAACCGUUCCUGCUUCUAUCAAUCCGGGCUUUCACCAUAUCCCCACUCCCACCUCUUCUAGUUCCUCUGUCCCACCUCCAGCCGCAGGCCCUGCCGACGCGGCUUCUUGUACCCCUCCUGUGAAGAUUCAAUCCAAGACAUCUCCUACCACAUCAUCUGGACCUACACCUGGCAAGAAAAACAAAUAUCCUUGCCCAUACGCACAGGCUCAUAGUUGCACCGCCACCUUCACAACAUCGGGUCACGCAGCGCGUCACGGCAAGAAGCACACUGGCGAGAAAGGUGUUCACUGCCCCAUCUGCAACAAAGCCUUCACACGCAAAGACAACAUGAAGCAGCACGAGCGCACCCACAAAGGUUCCAAUGCUGAGCCCAGCGGCCAAAACUCCGCCAGCCGCCGCUCUAAAGCAUCAGUUACCAAGGCCGCUCAAAGAGCCAGACAAGCCCAAAAGGACGAUACCAUGCAUCCAGAUCGGAGUCGACGGUCGAGUCUGAUCCAUUCGCCUCUGUCCGAGAUUACGUCCUUGGCCCCGCCUACCACAGAGACAUCCAUGAGCACCGAGAGUUCAUUGGCAACGAACUUCUAUCCAGAAGCCCCACAGCUGCUUAUGCCCAUCCAAACUAUUCCCGAAACACUAUCACCCAACACCAUCUAUCCACCUCUGAAUGAGGAUUUGUUGAAUCAACAAGGCCCUCUGCUUCCCCUACCACAGCGAGGCUUGGAUAAAUCCGAGGAAUUUCUCAUGAAUGGUGGCCUACAAAUGCCAUCCUUGGUCAGAGGCUUUUCUGAUCUGGACACUCUCGCCCAAGUUGCCGAGAGUUUUGAUCCGUAUUACGCUGUUCCCCAG